AUGUCGAAUCCGGCGAUCAUUAUUCCGGAACCGUCGCCGCGGCGAAUUGCGUCACCAACGCGAAUUUUUGCGAUGCCCCAAGAGAUGCCGCCGACGAAUUCCGAGAUUGUCGACGACAAUUCACGACACAUCACCAUCAAAUUCUCGUUGGAGAAUGAUGUUGAAGAAGUGGCGAAGCCCGAAAAUGAAGAUUCGUCGUCUUCCUCCAUUCGCUACAUCAUCCUAUUCCUAACCAUCGUCUGCUUAUCGUCGAUCAUGGCCAACAUCGUGUGCUUCAACUUCACCGUGCUCUGUAUGCCGGCCUCGCAUCGCUUCAAUUCGUCGACGUUCGAGCCGUACAAUCAUCAAGAGCGCACGUGGCUGUUCAGCGCGGUUGCGAUCGGCGCGCUGCUCGCUGUGGUGCCCGUCUCGCACGCAAUCGCGCACGUCGGAUGCCGCAAGGUGUUCUUCGUCGCCGGAAUGCUCACCGGCUUCGCGACAGCCGCUGUUCCGCUGGCCUCCAGCGUUUCGCUCGAGCUCUUUCUCGUUCUCCGAUUCCUACAGGGGGUCUCAUUUGCCGCUUGCAUGCCGACGGUCGGCAGCGUCACCGCCUCGUGGGCCUCUCUCAAGCAGCACGGAUUGUUCAUCGCCGUUCUCACGACGUUCGGCCAGCUCUCGUCGGUGUUCUCGAUGCCCGUCUCCGGACAGUUGUGCACGUCGACGCUCGGCUGGCAAUCGGUCUUCUACUUCCACGGAAUCGUCUCAUUCGUUGUGUUCUUCGCCUGGCUCUAUUUCUUCACCGACAAACCUGAAUUGAAUUGCCGCGUGAAAGGACGAGAAUUGUCGCAAAUCAACGCCAACAAAUCAUCGGCUUCAUUGUCACAAGAAAUGGAAAAAAUUCCAUAUUUGGAGAUAAUGACGACGCCGAGCGUGUGGGCGGUUUGGGUUGGAGCAUUAGGUGAUCUCGUUGCCGUUCAGCUCAUUCACACCUUCUCCCCGUUGUAUAUUCGCGAUGUUCUUCAAUACUCGGUGAGCAAGACCGGCAUCGCCGCCGCGAUUCCGGUGCUCGUCCAAUUUUUUGUCAAGGUCACCGCCGGUCAUUCGAGCGACAAAAUCAAGGGCGUCUCGGAGACGACGAAAUUGCGCAUUUUCAACACGAUCGCUCUCGGAAUGAGCGCCGUGUUUCUCGCCGCGUGCGGCUACGUCGAGAGGGGCCAGGGAUUGUUGGGAAUCGCGUUGAUCUCGCUGGCGACCGCCAUGUUCGGCUUCAACGGCGGCGGAUUCAAUAAGUGUGCCACCCUCGUUUCCCGCCAAUACAGUCCGUUCGUGAUGGCGAACAUCCAAUUUAUUUGGUGUCUUUCGAUGCUCAUCUGCCCAAUUUUGGUGUCAUUCCUGCUGCCGACAUCAUCCGUCUCCGAAUGGCGGACCGUCUUCUUCGCCCACGCGAUUUUGCUCGUUCUCACCAAUGCGUUCUUCUGCGUUUUCGCCACCGCCAAACCCGCCUCGUGGACCGAUCGGACCAUUCAAAACGCGGCGCCCAAAAAUCGGUCUGUGCUCUCAAUGAGCAAAAUCUGA